AUGAGCAUUUUCAUCCUUCCGCAAAGUGUAAUAAAGGAGGUUGAGAGGCUUUGCAGAGGUUUUCUUUGGGGAGUUAAGGGUGACCGAAGUAAAAUUCAUUUGGCUUCUUGGGAUAAGGUUUGUCUUCCCAAACCGUUUGGUGGUCUCGGGUUCAAGAAUGGUGCAACUUGGAAUCGUUCUAUUCUAGGAAAGUUUGUUUGGGCUAUUAUGGAUAAGCAUGACAUUCUUUGGGUCAAAUGGGUCAACAACAUCUAUAUGAAAGGUGCUGAGUUUUGGGAUUACGAGUUGAAAGGGGAUGUAAGUUGGUAUUGGAGGAAACUUUGUCAUUUGAGAAGCCAUUUCAGCAAGCCUAUGGUGACAGCAGCUGUAAGGAAAGGUAAGUUUAUUGCUGCCAGAUUGUAUUUGGGGACUAUAAAGCUGAAUAUUGAUAGCUAUGACAAAUCUAUUUGGUGUAAUCUUUCUCUGCCCAAGCAUAGAUUCAUCUUAUGGCAGGUGGUUCAUGGACACUUGCUUACUAGAGAUAAUUUUCAUAAGUUUCACAUCAUUUUAGACUCUAGUUUCUGUCCAGUUUGUGGGAGUGAAGAGGAGAGCCACCAUCAUCUUUUUUUCAACUGUUGUGUCUCUAGGGAGGUUGUGAAGCAGAUUUUUGAAUGGUGUGGUGUUGCUGCCUGGUCGCUGGACUACAAUAGGUGGCGCUGCUGGGUUUCUAGCAAGAUUUCUGGUGUGGUUAAUUUGCUCUUUGCUGCCACCGUUUACAUGAUUUGGAAAAAUAGGAAUUUUUGUGUGCAUAAUAGUAGUUGUUUAACUAUAUUGAAGAUUGUAAAUGAGAUUAAAGAAUUAGUUAAAUACAGGUUGUAUAGUUUAAAGAAUAGGAAGAUUUAUCAAGCUGAAAAAGGCAUGUUUUUACGCCUUCUGUUGUAG